GGAUAUUGAAACUUGAAUCUGUUCCAAAGGAACAAACUUCUGUUGAAAAAAGUGUAACGGGAAUUCGGGAAGAGUUCGUACCGCUUUUCAAGGUUGUGACACGCCUGUCGUAUUGCGGCAGGGUAAAUGGAUUCUAAACCCCGUGAAUCCAGGACGAACUUUCGAGCGGGCUGUAAAAAAUGUGGAUUUACCGGUCAUUUAACAUUUCAAUGUCGCAAUUAUUUACGCGGUGGUGUAUCAGGUGAUGUGGUUCUAGAUGUAAGCAGUACCAGCUCUCAGUCUGAUGAGAGCGAAAUAAUUGCAGCAGCCUUAGAAUUACGACGUGCUUCAGUGGCUGCAAAGAAGGAAAAGAAAAUGAAAAAGAAGAAACAAAUGUCAAAGCGGAAGCACUCGACCACAGGGUCUUCAGAAAGUAGUAGUAGUAGAUCAUCCACCCCCGAUCACUAUCAUCAUCACCGUCAUCAUAAGAAAAAACACAAAUCGAAGAAGUUACAUAAACGCCCAAAAAGAAAGCAUAAACAUUCUAGAAGUGAAUGACUGUUUUUUGGUGAAGGCUUUUAUUCCUUAUUUAUGUACAGAUUUCUCUGUAAUGAAAUAAAUUGUUACUUUUUAAUAAA